UAGCAGUGACUCGUACUAGAAAGGAACUCGAUUUAUCCUUUUGGGUUUUAGAUGGAGGUUGUGCCAAAAAGGACAAGUGUUAAAGUGGAAAGAAGGAUGGAGUCAUCACCAUGUGUUAGUGUUGAAGAGGUUGAAAAGAUUGGAAAUGAGAAGAAAAUAGCAGAAGGUUCUUUCAAGUCGUCUUCUCCGAAUCGAAAAGAUUCAAGCACUACAAAUCAGGUCUCCACAGCGAUCGCAAGUGAAAGAUCAUCCACAGGCACAUCCUCAAGACUAUCUCCUACAAACCCCAAGGAAUCCGAUACUGCAAUCAAUCUGCAGGAGGAACUGCAGCUUGAAUCAACCAAAGCAGAAAUGGGAGAAGUAAGAGAAGAGAAUGAAAGACUCAAGGCACUCUUAGCAAAAAUAGUCAAAGAUUAUCAAUCUCUUCAGAUGCAUUUCUUCGAUAUUGUUCAACAAGAACAGGCGAAAAAGCCAUCAGAACCUCCACCUCCGCCACCACCACCACCAGCCUCAACAUACACUGAAGAGCCUGAAUUAGUCUCUCUCAGCCUCGGCACAUCUUCAAGCUUGAACAAGAAAGAAGAGAAGGUAACAAGUAAGCGGAAGAGCACUGAGCAGAUCGAAGAAGGACUCACUCUUGGGCUUACCAAUAGCCCAAAUGAACCUGUAUCGAGUAACAUGAGCCCGAGUAAUAGCGUUGAUAAUGAUCAGGGGAAGGAGGAAGAACCAGGAGAGCCGUGGCCUCCAAGCAAAAUACUGAAGAGUUUGAGGAAUGGAGCGGAUGUCGAGGAGGGUUUACAACAGGCCCAUGUCAAGAAGACGAGGGUUUCUGUUAGGGCUCGGUGUGAUGCUCCCACGAUGCAUGAUGGAUGUCAGUGGAGAAAAUAUGGGCAGAAGAUUGCCAAAGGGAAUCCUUGCCCUAGGGCUUACUAUAGGUGUACAGUUGCUCCAGCAUGCCCAGUGAGAAAACAGGUUCAAAGAUGCGCCGAGGACAUGUCAAUCCUAAUCACAACCUAUGAAGGCACACACAACCACCCCCUCCCAAUCUCGGCCACUGCCAUCCGGCUCCUCCACCUCCCGCUCCUCCCACAUCGGAUCCCCGCCUUCCUCUGUUGGAGCUUCCUCCCUCUCCUCCUCAACCGCAAACCUCCACGCGUUAAAUUUCAACUUAUCAGAUUCAAAUUCCCGAAACCGUCCUUUUUACCUCCCAAACCCUACAAUAUCAUCUACCCCCUCUUACCCUACUAUUACCCUAGACCUCACCUCACCCCCACAAACAACCUCUCAACUACCAUCACAAUUCAACACUAGAUUCUCCCCAUCAAAUUUUAGCGCCUCAGUUCCUAGAUACUCAACGAGCUUAAACUUCUCUAGUAGUUUAGAGUCUAGCACAUCUUGGAGUACAAAUGGAUCAUACUUGAGCUAUGUAGACCAGAA